AGAAGCAAAACCGUCAAAACAUAAACAGAGCAGUCGACCUUGUUUGAACGCCGCUUCAUUGGUUUUCUGAGAACUUGACGCACAAUGCGGCGUCUUUUGUGCCACAUUCUGACCGGCCGAGGCGCGGUGUGACGAUCGCUAAGCUGCCAAAUAAAAGAUUAAAAGGACUGAGCUGAAAGAGAGAAAAAAAAGAAGAACUACGCUGUCGGGCCUGCGAGUCGAGACUCGCCUUCACGGACGUCAUGGCGGAAACUGAAGGCAAAUCUGCAGCGCUCAACGGGGCCUCUGGGGAGGAAGAAGCCGGGGGAGAUCAACAGAAAGACGGGGAAGCCUGUGGGAGCAAAGAUGGGGCCAAACACACUGACAAUGGAGAGGCGUCGGGUGACGGGAUCGCGCUAGAAAGCGAGCUGGAUGAGGAGGAAAACGAGGAGGAGGAAGAGACAGACAGCAUGGAUGGCAGCGGCCUCUUUUCCCUGACUGAGGACGGCGAACGAGAGAGCGAGGGAGGCGGACCAGAGAGGGCGAAGGAUGGCGGAAGAAGGGCCGCCCGGAAGAGGAACAGACCCUGCGGCGGUGGUGCCGGCAACAACAACAAUCGGUCCUCCAGCUCGGACGAGGACGACGAAGAGGAGCUGAAAGACGAGGAGGAAGAGGAGGACGAGGAGGACAACGACGAGGCGAUGGAGGCAUGGCUGGGCGCCGAGCUGCGGGACCUGCGCGGGCCGGCGUGGCGCGCCAUCCCCUCGCUGCGCUGCCGUGAGAUUGGCCGGGACUCGCGGCAGUUCGUGAGGCGCGUGUGCGGCGCCCGCGGCCUGGUGCAGAGGCUGGAGUUGCAGGGCCGGCUGGAGAGGCACUCGGGCUGCGUCAACACGUUGCACUUCAACCCGUCGGGCACGCGCCUGGCGUCCGGCAGCGACGACCUCCGCGUGGUCAUCUGGGACUGGGCCAUCCGGCGUGCCGAGCUGGAGUUCGACAGCGGGCACAAGAGCAACGUCUUUCAGGCGAAGUUCCUACCUCACAGUGGCGACUCCACCCUGGCCAUGUGCGCCCGGGACGGUCAGAUCCGUGUGGCAGAGCUGUCCGCCACCCAGCGCUGCAAGAACACCAAGAGGGUGGCGCAGCACAAAGGGGCCGCACACAAGUUGGCCCUGGAGCCCGACUCUCCGUGCUCCUUCCUGUCUGCGGGAGAGGACGCCAUGGUGUUCGGAAUCGAUCUGCGGCUCGACCGCCCCGCCAACAAGCUUGCGGUGGUGAAGGAGGGUGACAAAAAAGUGGGCCUCUACACCAUCUUCGUCAACCCGGCCAAGACGCAGCACUUUGCGGUCGGUGGGAGGGAUCAGUAUGUCCGGAUUUACGACCAGAGGAAGAUCAACGAGAACGACAACAAUGGCGUGCUGAAGAAGUUCUGCCCGUCGCAUCUGGUGUCCAGCGAGUCCAAAACCAACAUCACCUGUCUGGUGUACAGUCACGACGGCACAGAGCUGCUAACGAGUUACAACGACGAGGACAUCUAUCUGUUUGACUCCAACCACAGCGACGGCGCAGACUACUGCAGAAGAUACAAGGGACACCGCAACAAUGCCACAGUGAAGGGCGUCAACUUCUACGGGCCGUGCAGCGAGUUUGUGGUGAGCGGCAGCGACUGCGGACACAUUUACCUGUGGGACAAACACUCGGCCCGCAUCGUCCAGUUCAUGGAAGGCGACAGAGGCGGAGUGGUGAACUGCUUGGAGCCGCACCCCCACCUGCCCGGCAUGGCCACCAGCGGCCUGGACCACGACAUCAAGCUGUGGGCCCCCACCGCCGAGAGCCCCACUGGACUCAAGGGCCUCAAAGAGGUGAUGAAGAAGAACAAGCGAGAGCGCGACGAGGAUAGCGUGCGGCACGGCGACCAGUACGACACCCAGCUGCUGUGGUUCCUGAUGAGACACAUGAGGAACCGACGGCCCCCGAGGACCCGGCGCGAGGGGGCCGACGCUGACACAGACGAGUCCUGGAGCUCGCCGGACACCUCCGAUGAAGAGGAGGGGGGUCCGGACCAUGUCCAGUGCAUGUCCUCAUGAGCCACACACGCACACACGCUCAUAUAUACUACAGACACUGUCCGAUAAAAAGCAGGUAUGUCCACGUUUUGUGUCCCCCAAAAAAAAAAAACCCCCAACAGAAAUGCUUUUGAUAACAAGGGAAAAAAAUCCACUAAAAGUUGGACAAGUAGAACCCCACCCCAGCAAAUUUGUUGAACAAAUUUUGUGAUUUUUGGGUCAGGAAAAAAAAUACAAAAAUGUUUUGGACAAUGAAGACAAUUCAAAAUUUGGUGUACAAAUUUUGUGAUUGAUUGUGUCUUUAAAAAAAACAAAAAAAGACAAAUUGUUUGUCCGUAUAAACAAAACAAAAUGUUUCAGACCAUAGAUUUAAGAGAAAAACAUAACAGAAAAAAGUGUUUUGUGUAUAAAUAAACCCCCCAACAAAUAUGUUUUAGACAAUAAGAAAAUAAAUUAGCAAAUUUUGUGUUUUUGUUUUAUUGAAUCCAAAACUACAAAAAGAAAGGAAUGGGGGGACUGGUGAUUUUGUGUCCAAAAGAAUGUUUUGGGCAAUAAGAGGGGAAAAAAAGACAAAAUUUGCUGUCCAAAUAUGGUAGUUUGCAUCUCGAAUUUGUAAUUUUUCUCUUUAAAUAAAUAAAUAAAUAAAAAUCUAAAUUUGGAGAUGCAUGUUUUUCAUUUGACAGUGAGGAUACAUAUAUUGGAUUAUACAGUGCAAUUUCGUUUGCCCUGAAAUUGUUGAACACAGGCAAGGAUUACUGCAUCGUCGUCGCUGUCCAUUAAAAUCAUGUAUGUCUAGAUUUUGAGUCCACUCCCAAAAAACACAAUAAUGUUUCAGGCAAUUUAUGAAUACAAAACAGAAAAAUGGUUGUGAUUUUUGUCCAAAAAUGUUUCGGCCCGUAAGGGGGGCGUGACGGAGACGGAAUAUUUUAUCACCACACACAUAUUUGGGACAAUGGAAUUUUUUUUUUUUUUUUUUUUUUUUUUUUUUACCCCCCCCACUAAACUUGGGCGCUACAUGCUUUUCAUUGGACAACCAUGAUACAUAAAUUCACUCUUUUACACACUGGCACACAUACAAAUCAGCCAUAGUGAUGGCGCAGGACGCUGGCCGCUGUACGAAGACGUCAAGUUGUUUCCGAUGUCUCGUUUUUCUGACUGCUGCCUCCAAAUGUUCACCAGCACGUAGCCGCCCUCCUUCCCAUCGGAGUGAUCAAGUUCGAUCCCUGCCACAUUGCUGUCCCCCCCCCCCCAAACUACUGAGUGCACUUUGAAUCAGGGAUGUUGCAGUUUGACACAUGCACUAAAAAGAGUGAUUUUUCUGUUUUGUCGGGGGUCUUUUUGUUUCGCAACACUUGUAUUUCUUUUCCCCCUACUUAAGCUUCUUCCUGUUGCCUCCAUCUUUUGACAGGAAGUUCCGCUCGCCUCCUUCACUGCAUACACCACGGAUCGGAUUUGGUAAACCUUGAGAAGGUGGGUCACGUACGGCCCCCAGUUGCUAAAUUACAAGCAGCUGAUAGGCUGGAAUUGGGGGCAGGGGAUUUUAGGGAGGGAGGUGGUCUCUUUGGACAGUGUGCUUGCCCGUUCUUUGUGGUGUGAGAGCGAUUGAAGCGCGGCUUUUUUUUUUCUCGUUUUCUGAGAACUCUUAGUCGAAUUGUACAUAUAUAAAUAUGAAAACUGUAUAAAAAAAAAUAAACAUUUAGAAGACGCUGUUUGAUGUCACACAAGGUUGAUUGGUUAACACUGCAGAUGUUUAUAUUGGAUACAGAGCCAACAUGCACCCUUAUGUUCUAACUGUCCUUUACAGUAUUAAAGAAAGGUUCCAUUGUAAACAGUACUGUGUUUCAUUUUGAGAACUGAAUUCAAACUAUCCCAUCCACAGGCUUAUCAUAGAUCUGAUUCUGUUGGAAUUCUGUUGAAGAAUUUGUGCAAUAAAACAAAAACGGUACUCUUGA